CACCUGGUGGUGACGGUGCGUCACUACACUGAGCUGCACGAAAAACUUCACUUAUUUAGAUGGAUUCAUUGAUUUUAAAACUAUUUUGUCAAUUGUAAGGCAUUUCAUUUUUACCAUAUUUGUAUAAUAUAAUCAGUGCGGUAUCGAUUGUUUUGUCGACACAAACGGUAACGGUACAACUUUCCCUUUAAGAAGUUUGACCGGAGGCUCAGCGCCCAAUCGCGGCGCGUAAACUGAACUUUGUUAUUGUCAGCAGCUACGAGCUAGCUGCUAGCUGCUAGCUAGCGUUAGCCGGCCGAUGAACUAGCAGGACGGUGUCGGUACACUCAACCGUCAUAAUAACGACGUAGAGCACCGUUGUUAAUAUUUCGGUUGUAACGGUAACAACAGCAACAAGUUGCUCUCGCCGGGUGUUUGUUUAACAGGAAAGAUGACUUCUGCACUGUCUGAUCCAACCCUAGAGAGACACUUCAAAGGUCACAGGGACACUGUGACAAGUGUGGACUUCAGCUGCAGCAUGAAACAGAUCGCCACGGGCUCCAUGGAUUCCUGUGUGAUGAUCUGGAACAUGAAACCUCAGAUGCGAGCGUAUCGCUUUGAUGGACACAAAGAUGCUGUCAUGUCUGUUCAGUUUUCUCCCUCUGGACACCUGGUGGCCUCCUCGUCCAGAGACAAGACUGUGCGUCUCUGGGUGCCCAGCAUGAAGGCUGAGUCAACAGUUUUCAGGGCUCACACAGCGCCUGUGCGCAGCGUUAACUUCUCCGGUGACGGACAGACUCUGGUCACAGCCUCUGACGACAAGACCAUCAAAGUGUGGACGGUGCACAGGCAAAAGUUCCUGUUCUCUCUCAACCAGCACAUCAACUGGGUCCGCUGUGCAAAGUUUUCUCCAGAUGAUCGUUUGAUUGUGUCGUCCAGUGAUGAUAAGACUAUAAAGCUGUGGGACAAGAACAGCAGAGAGUGUAUACAUUCUUUCUACGAACAUGCUGGUUAUGCAAACCACGUGGACUUCCAUCCCAGUGGAACCUGCAUUGCUGCCGCCAGUACUGACAACUCUGUUAAAGUGUGGGACAUCAGGUCCCAUAAGAUGCUGCAGCAUUAUCAAGUCCACAGUGGUGUGGUGAACAGCCUGUCUUUCCACUCGGCUGGUAAUUUCCUCAUCACUGCGUCCAGCGAUUCCACCGUGAAGAUACUGGACCUUGUAGAGGGCAAGCUGCUGUACACACUGCACGGACACCAGGGUCCAGUGACCUGUGUGUCCUUCUCCAGGACAGGAGAGUACUUUGCUUCUGGAGGCUCUGAUGAACAGGUGAUGGUGUGGAAGAGCAACUUUGACAGCAGUGAGUGUGGUGACACUGUCAGGCUACAACACAAAACCACGUCCAGCACUCAGGCACCACCAGCCACCUCCACGGCUCACCUCCCCUUCAACGUGCAUCCCUCUGUGCUCCGCAGCCAGACCUCUGACCCGUCAGAACAUUUUAACAGACAGGACUCCCACACUCAGAGCGGCAGCGGCAGCAGAGCGACUCAGUCCCUCAGCUACAGGAACCCCAGCACCGGCUCCUCCUCCACCCAUCAGACGCAGACCCGGGGUUUACCGCAGGACGUCGAGGCGCAGCACCGGGCCUCAGAUGGAGGGGUGCCCCCUGGUCUCGCCGGCACCCUGGAACACAUCAUAGGUCAACUGGAUAUUCUCACUCAGACGGUGUCGAUCUUGGAGCAGCGGCUGACGCUGACAGAGGACAAGCUCAAGGAGUGUCUGGAGAAUCAGAUGGAGAUCGGCCUGCACCUCCAGAGACGAGACGAGGCCUAAAGAUGGCGGCUGGCAAAACAGGUUGAGCUGCGGUGUGACGGGAAAUGGGGUCACAUCAACACCAGAAACACAAACCCACGUCACUGUGGUUAGAUCGCAAUAAAAUGCUCGGUCCUACACACACAGCUGCGCGUUCACACAUUCAACAAGGACUUGACCUGAACCAUUUUCCUGACUGGACUUUAAACGCACCCUGAGCCUUACUGCUGAUGGUUAUUUUACAAAGAGAGAUCAGAAGUGAAGGAGGUGAAUAUUAGAGAAGUUGUGCUGAGAGCGCAGUCGCUUUUUCUGCUGACGAAGGACCUGCUGCUACCAGUCACUCUGUGUGUGUGUGUGUGUGUGUGUGUGUGUGUAUACACAACGGCUGCCUGUACAAAUGUGUACACACAUGCAGGAGACUUUCAUACUCGCCUGUGCACCGCGCACGUGUUUGUUUUUCUGUUUGUGUGUGUGCAGGCUGGCACAGAACAGCAUCAGUUAAAUGCUCUCUUUUUAAUUGAAAAGCACAUACGCUGUAUAACGUGCACACAAACAAAAUGUCCACAGGGCACAGCCGUCGUUUUAGCAGCACUCAGACCAAUGCAUUAAUUUUAAAUUGGAGACAGAGGCUCAUUGAAAAACUCAUUAAAAUAGGAACCUUUUUUUUAUUAUCAGGCUCGUUUUGACCUUAUUCAAUCUGUCGCCUGCAGAUACUGUUUUUUUUUGUUCUUCUUCCAUCAUAAGUAAAAGUCCAGACAGUUUUAAAUUAAUCAAACAGUUACUGCAGAGUUAAUACAGUGCCUUUAUUUUGUCUUACACGAAGGAACUUGAUUUAAUUGGUGCAGUUUUCUUGUUGUUUUUGUUCUGUAUUUUUCUUACUGUCAACAAAAGAGCAAAACCAACAAUUAAUUCAUCCUCAUCACGAGUCACAGUGAAGCUGAAGCCUGGUUUAUCUCCUCUGUGUUAGACCUCUGCCCUUGGUGACACGUCUCUACGUUACAGAGGCACUGAAGUUUGUUUUGAGUCAUUACCACAGAUAUUGUCUUGCUCGUUAGUGCAGAUACUGACCUUAUUAGACCGUGAUGAAACCGAUCCACAUUAAAUACAGUUUGUUUGUCAGUUUGCAGUGACAACUCAGUCUUUAGUGCGAGGGACAAAAAAAAUAGUCCCCAACAAACACACUCUUUGCUUUAUUAUGAGUAAAGAAGAAGCAGUGUCCAUCUGUUUUGGGAUUUGAAUAUUAUUCUAUGAAGGAGAACAUGUAGGAAACCAUAUAUUUGUGACCAGGAACAAACCGGCAGACAGGUUAGGUGAGUCUGAAAGUCCCGAGACGGAUUUACACAUUGUUGGUUUUGGCCUUCUCAUGUGAUUUGUUGACAGUGAAGAAAAUAUUGAGGGUAAUGUCAUCCUCACACUGUCUCCUUCAGAGUAAUGGUGCUUUUGCUUUGGCUCUGAGUUAGAGUUUUUUUACCCGGUGAGUGCAGAGCGCCUGGUUGUAAUUACUGCAGUUUGAAAGAUAAGCGUCUUGUUCCGUCCCUUUACAUCCUGUGUCUGAAACUUUUAUACGCUGAAAGUAACUUAUUGUGUACCUUUUUAAUAAAUGUUUUCAGUUUCUUA